CUGCAGCCGCCGCCAUUUUGGUCAAGCCGCGAAGGGAGGAGGCGUCUCUCGCUGUGACAGGCCGGCGAGCCCGAGGGGCGGGGCGAGGCAAAGCAGCUGCCGGCAACAUUGAAAAAUGGAAAGGCUGUGCCUCUAGCGAGUGUGUGUCGGAGUUCGGUGGACUUUGCGGCUGUGUGUUCGGUCGCUGGCUGCCUGCAGCGUUCUGGGGGCUGUGCGUGGCAGCAAGCUCUGCAACGCUUUCAUGUCAGUGAGUCCGACCAUCCACCUAACGGUCAAAUUCACUCAUAAACUGUGUUUCCAAAUGCUGUAUGCACGUUUCCUAAAAACCUGGAGGGAUGGUGGCUCCCCUGCUUUCCUAGGGAGCCCGUCCCAAUACCUGCUCGUUCUCUCCGUGAAGUUCUUUGUGAUCUCCACGUUACGCCUCACCUGGCACAGCCUGGUACCGUUUCCCUGCAUCCUCUCAUUUGUUGCCUGGGAGAAGAGCCAGCUCCUUGCCACCUCCUCUGAGGGAGACGUACAGCAUCCUGUGCAAUUCUCAGUGAGCUCUGCUGUGGAUUCGCCUUGCUGCCUGAAUGCCCUCAUGAGGAAUGGGCUUGGAAGUUCGUUUUUUGUGAUACCGGAUCUCACAGCCAAGUCAUGCCAAGUCUGACAUGUGAAAGAGAAAUGGAAUAGAAGCUAUUAUCCAAAGCAUCUCUCCAGCUGGACAUGCAUGGAGUUAUGCAUGUGUCAGCAGCACGGAUUCCAUUACACAGGGAACAAAAAACAUGUCCUGUUGGUGUGGAGUAGGCAAAGCAGAAGGAUCCAGCCCCAGGAAAAAUAUAACUUCUGAUGACAUUUCAGCUUUUUAGCUGAUUGCACUUCCUCUACUUGGAGACAGCCUCUGUCACCCAGCAGCCAAUGGUUACCUGAUGUGAGAACUGACUUCUGCAAGUGUGGUACGGUUCCCUAGUGUGGAGUGCAUAGUGGCAUCUGGGACAACACCAUCCCAGAGGAUGAAUUUGCAUUUCUAGAAAGAAGCUUGUUCAGAUUCUUCACUUGCAGGAACAUGUGUAGUGGCUGGAAGCAAGGCAUUGCCAGCAGGGCUGAGUGACAUUUUUAGGUGGAUCAAGCUCCAGACUUGAAGACACACCCUGUGAACAACUGAAAAGGGAAGAAUCUUUCCAAAAUUUCAAUAUCUCCUAAACAGCUAUUAACUUGUUUAUGUUACUUUACACAAGGUGUGUAGUUCACAGUCCAAAUCAGAGUGUGAUUUUACAUACUGCUGUGUUCUAUCUGCCUCUGUUCUCAUCUGACUUCAUUAUUCCGAAGUACUUAUCAACUAGGAAGAAAUUCAGACAUCUUCAUCAAGGAAGUCAAAUUUUAGCCUAAUUUCCAUGAAACCUAGCAUUGUUUGUAAAUGUGUCAACCAAGUACCAAGAGAAGAUUUAUCACUUCAGAGUUCAAGACACUAUUGUGCCAUACAACACCACCAAAAUGCUACCGCCUCUGCCACAGAGGUGGCACAUAACUGCCACCCAUUGCACACAGCACUCAUUGUGCUCUAGGACCCUGCUCAGAAGAGUUUGAGUCUUGGACAACUGAAUGAAAAGAAAAAUGUGAUCUAUAAGGUCAAACACAGAGAGAAGAAUAUGAAAUGACACAUUUCAUCUCUUCUGAAUAAAUGAAGAAAGCGACUAUGAAAGCACAUCAUCUUCCUUCUUUUGCCAUCAAUGAGGAGAAGUUUAUAACCAGAGAACAGCUCCAUUCUCUUCUGAAGACCUAUAACUCUUACUAUUCUGAUCAAGAAAAUCUGCAACUAUCAUAUGAUCAGCGAGAAGGAGGUAAACCAUUUAUUGAAGGAAUCUUAUCAAUAUUUUGGGGAGUUCGACAUCCUAUCCGCUUACAAAUUCAGGAUGAGAAGCAGAUACCCUCUUUUGUAACCUUGAAGUCAACAGAGAAUGUGGGCUUGUUCCCCAGUAAAAGGGGAAUGACACGAUGGGGAGAAUUUGAUGAUCUGCAUCAUAUUAGCGGGGAGACAUUGAAAUCUACUGAAGAAAAGCUGAACUCUGAGAAAAGUUAUUCAUAUUAUGAAAGCAGUACUCUGAAGUCCAAGAGCGAGCAGGAACAUGACUGUGCUACUCUGCCCAGGGCGGUCAGCAGUACUGCAGCUGUAAGGAAGAGGACCAAGUUCUCCAUGAUUGCAAGAACAGAAGUGGAAACUCACAGAUUUUCUAUUAAUGGCCACUUCUACAACUAUGAGACGUCUGUUUUCACUCCAGCUUCUGGAUCAGAAACCAAAAUAAGAAUUAACAGCCAUAUGAGAACAAGGGAAGUAAUAGAACAGUUGCUUCGAAAGUUCAAGAUAGAAAACAGUCCCCAUGAUUUUGCACUUUAUAUUAUCCAUGUGUCUGGAGAGAAGAAGCAGCUGAGGAGUGGAGACAUUCCCUUACUGCACAGACUCCUGCAGGGGCCAUCAGAGGAGGCUGCCAAGUUUUUUCUCAUGGACAGGGAUGUGGAAGAGGUCAGCAGUGAUGUUGCUCAAUAUAUUCAAUUUCAUCUUCCCUUUUUGGAAUCAAUUCUGCAAAGAAUAAAAGAAGAGGAAGAACAGGAGAUUCAACAGACAAUUGCAAAAUACUUUAAAGAGAAGCAUGCGAUAUGCCAGCACCUUCAAAAUCGAACUUUUAAAAAAACAGAGACUACUGUUUGAUGUGAAUGGCAUAUUGCAACUACCACCCACUGCCUUUGGCAAAGGAAAGUCUGUGUUUUCUUGAGUGUGCCAUCACCGAGGAGCACUUAACGCACAAGGGUGUGCAAAGUGCUCCUUUUGACAAUUAUGCAACUGAAACUGCACACACUCCACUAUGACUCUGGAAUACAAGUUGGGGACCACCUAAGAAGAUGAACUAAAUCAUCCAAAAGAUGAAGUCUGAAUCUUAACUUGAAACUUCAGAUUGGGAAAAAUCCUGUGCUGAAAAGCACAAGGCUUUAAAAUCUUCUAAUUUCCAAACCAUGACCAGAAGUCUAGUAUACAGACAAAAUGUUGCAAUAACCAGUGUGCUAAUCAUGCCAAAAAUAAGAAAAUAAACUAUAUGACUUUCCUCCUAUUAGAAAAAAAUGAUAAAUUUUAUUAGGAUGAAGCUUUUCUGUAGAGUUAAGUGGCAAAAGGUAUUUAUGUAUCUAAGAUCACAGUUAGGCAUCUCACAUAGCUUACAAAAACACCAACACAAGAAAGACCUGAAAGCCCAGUGGUUUCCAAUUGGUAGGUAUCUAACUCAUAUAACUUUUGAGUUAAAGUUUGAAAAAUAUAAAUUGAAGUCCACAAUCUUCAUGGCUACUCAGCUCUUAAAUGUAUUAGCAUAAGUAUCUCUGACAUGUAUUUUAAGCUGCAAAGAGUUCUCACUAAGUAUUGUGGCAUUUGCUUGACUGGGUGCUACAAGGCACCCCAUGUCUUUUUUCAUUGAGACAGAUUAUUCCAUAUUAUUUCCUGUGUUUUCUAUUUGGAGAAGGAGAAGUGUUUAGUGAGAAGUUGACAUCACGGCUCUUAUAGGAUGGGGUUGGCAUCCUUCUGCAGAUACAGUUUUUGGACAGUCUGACAGUUGCACAGCAUACAGCAUUCCUCUGUCAGAUCCUGUGUGGUUCAGUCAUGCUGAAUAGUAAAGUCCAAAUUGUAGAGAUGUAAAAAAAUGUGCACAGUUAAGUGCCCUCCUGUAGUACCGUCUUUUUAAUGUGAUGCCUGUGUUUUGUACCAGCUGCGUUUGGUUUCUGCAGAUGACAGGAUACCCGUGCUGAGAGGGAGGGAACUGGUGUACAGAAAAUGAUGUCUAGAAAUCCUGUGUAAUUAAUCAAGUGUGAAAAGCUGUACUCCCUGUGAGGUGACUUUACUUGGAUGGUAACUCAAAAAUGGGAAGUCAUCGUGUUAAUUAAACUACUGUGCUUGGGGCAGGUGCUUAUUUUAAUAUGCAGUCUAUUAUAGUCCUACACAGGAAAUUAUUAUGGUCAAGGGAGCACAGAGGGAAGAAAUAAAAAUAAUUCAGUAGUCAAGCAAGAUGCGUGGCAUUUGUAACAGUUGCCUUGGGUGUGCCAGUUCAUUGAAACAACAGAAUUAUGCGCACAGGUGUCACUGAAAUUUCACAGGUGAACCAUUUAAAUACUGAUUAGCCAAGUGUUUAGGAGAUAGGAAACUCACCAUAAAACAUUACAGGUUGGACUUGUAAGGUCAAAUUUCAGUGAAGUCUAAGUUGGUCUACGGUCGUGUCUUGUUUUUGUCCAAAACCAAGUAGGUGUUGUCAGCUUGAAGCAAAUCAAGCACUGUCAUCUUUUGUUCACCUGCGGACACGUGUGUUUUAGCACCAGCUGGCCAUACUGAGACACUAGAAACUAAGCUAAGGGAAGGGAACAGACUCCUUGGACUGGAUUUCUUGCCUUGUUCUGCCUAAAUUACUCUAAGGAGCAAAUCUGUGAAACGCAGAGCAGUAUGCAGAUAGCUCAAAGUUAGGAGUAGGGAGAAAAUCUAGCCUGCACUCAAAAAACUGCAAGUGCAGCAGGGCUUUCUGCUGCAUUGCUGCAUCUUCUGAUUGUUUUAACCAGAAAAAAGUAUUUAAGGUUUUUUUAUGUAGCUAACCUAUUUCUGUUGUGCUCCACUUGGUAAAUGCUUGUGGCUGUAAGAAUGUGCAGUGUGAAAGUAAUGGAGCAUUAUAUAGUCAUAAUUCUUUGGUCUGAGAUUUGAAAAACUAAAGACAGUGUCAGUGCACUGACCAUGUGGAAAAGCAUUUGCAAAGCAGAUUGUCUAAUCCUAUACGUUCCUUAAUUGAGUCAUUUUUUGCCAUAAUCUGAUGUUAAAUACUUGGAUCCUGUUGAGUUCACUUGUCUUGCUGAACUGGGACUAAAUGGUACUGGAAAACUAACAAUGGAGCCUGGCACAAAUACAAAUGUAGGUUGCUGGAUUUAAAGCACUAGUGAAAUAAAGCUGCUGUGUCAUGGU